CGAUCUUUAAAAUAAUCUAAAAUAAUGGAGGCAAUAUAUGUAAAGAAGUGAAAUAUUCGAGAGAUAAUAAGAGAUAUUGAUAAUAUGAGAACUUAAGUGUCAAAAAUCAAAAAUACAAUGUGACUUUAUUUUGUACGAUAAGAAUGCGCCUUAGUUUCGUAAGAACAUUACUCGUACUUGCGUUAUUGGGAAAUAUAAUUAUUUGGCACAGAAUAUGGAGGUUAUUUGCUGCACAAAAUACGUUAGGAUUAUUAACACCUGGCGCAGUAACAAAUGAUCCACCUCAAAAAUUGCAUCGUCGUUUAUCUCGUCUUGUAACUAUUAUUAUACGUCAAUUUGAAAGUUUUGAAAAUGACGUGGUGUCUACCGUGGAGUCUGUCUUGAAUUCUUUUCCUACCAUUCCAAUUUUAAUAAUAUGCGAUGAGUUGCCAUAUCCUCCUUUGGAAUUGCAUUUUGAAAAUGAAACAUUACAGAAUGUUAAACUUAUCACCUUGCAAACUGAUUUUAACAAAACAUAUGAAGAAAGGAAUCCUAUGUUCUACAUACGCACAAAGUUCGUCUUAUUUCUACCUGAUGCUAGUCGAAUAUCUACAAAACAAAUUCUACAGAAUAUUAUUAUACAAAUGUCAGAAUUCGGGAUAGUAACUGUACCAGUAGGUAAAGUUACUUUAUCUUGUCUUACUGUGAACUUGAAGAUUAAAGAAUGGAGCUUACAAUUUGCUCAUUCUUCUGACAUGGAAUGUGAUUUUGUAGUUGGAAAACAUGCAACAAUGUUAGAAGUUAAAACAUUAAGAAAACUCUCCGAUCCAUUUCUAUUGCCCUUUCCAGACGCAUUGUACAUACAAACAACAGCUAUUGGUGCAAAGAUUCAUAUACUAAAACAUCAUCAAUUCAACGAGGGAAAGCCAUUGUAUAGAAAUCAACAAACUCAGUGGAAGCUGGAACAAUUACAUCAAAGUCGUGAACGAUUAAUGUUUAAACAGUUAGGAAUUAAAAAAGUUACACGAGCUUCCAAUUUCAUUGAAUGGUAUGGGUGCUCAAGAGAAACUUCUAGAUGUUUUGGGUCGGUAAUAAACGGUAUACCAUCAUAUUUUUAUCAAAAUCGAUAUACACCUCCUUGUUGUCUUGCUGGAUUAAGGAAAGUUGCUCAUCAUGUAUUUGAUAAAUUGGACGAAGUUGGCAUUCGUUUCUGGUUAGAAGGAACAUCAUUACUAGGUGCAAUGAAAAAUGGAGAUAUUUUACCAUGGGAUCAUGAAGUACAAAUAGGGAUAAAUAGAUUUGAUUUAGAAAGAUCUCCAUGGUUAAUUAAAGCCAAAGUUAAACCUACUGUAGAUAAUCAUGGUUUUGUUUGGGAAAAAGCAACAGAAGGUGAAUUUUUUAAAGUACAAUAUUCCAAAAUCAAUAAUUUACAUGUGAACUUACUCCCAUUUUAUUCAAAAAAUGGAUCUAUGAUUAAAGAUGCAUGGUUUAUGAAAAAUGAAGAUUUUCCAGAACAAUUUCUUCAUCCAAUGUCAAGCAUUGAAUUUGCAGGUAGACAAGUUCCAUGUCCAAAUAAUAUUAGAGAUUUUUUAGAGCUUAAAUAUUUUAAAGGAGUAGUAGAAAAUUCAAAGCUUCCAAGUAGGAUCAUUUUUAAUUAGAUUACAUUAUUAUUGCACUAAAUGCUAUUGAUGUAAUUUUUUUUCUAGAAUAAUUCAUAUUAAUAAAAGUAAUUUUGCAAGAUCUCUUAAACAAUAUGAUAUUUAGUAAUAUAAGGAAUUGAUAUUAAAUAAUUAAUUAUGUUAUUAUCUGCACAUUUUGUAUUUAUUUUUCGUAUAAUUGAAAUUGUAAUCAUUAAGUACAAAAUAUUUAGACACAAAAAUGACACAUUUUCACAAUAAGGAUUUCAAUUUAAGAUUCAAUAUAAUGUUCAAGUAAUAAUCAAUAUGUAAUUCUAUUUUAAGUCAGCAUGUGAGAAUUGAAAAUGGGCAAUAGCCAUUUAUAUUGCAUUAUUUGUGCUAGAAGUUAAGAUAAUAUAAAAGUACAUACAUUUGGUGCCAAAUAUUUAUAUCUGCAUUUCAAAGAUAUCCACAGUCUUAUAAUUGCAUAGACAUUUAGAAUCAGUUCUUCUUUUAAAUACAAGAUAUUUGUUUGUACAUGGUAAUGAUAUAUGUUAUGAAAAAUAUUUUUUAUAUUUACAAUUAUU